AUGCCAUCAACAACAAUAACCCCCGCAGAGCCAACCCACACCCCAGCCAUAAAGGCCCUCAUCACAGCCGCAUUCACCAAAUACAUCGAGCGGAUGGGCAAACCCCCAGCCCCAAUGCUCGCAGACUACGCCAAUCUCGACGGUGUCUUUGUCCUUACUGCAGCUGCACCAUCGACUCUGACUCAAUCCAACCUAAACGCUGGCAAUGAGGAUGACACAAUCAUCCUCGGCUCCAUAACCCUCACCGAAGACCCAGAGACAGACUCAAUCAAAGUCAACAAUCUAGUCGUGGACCCUGCAGCACAGGGACGGGGGUUUGGGCGCGUUCUCAUGGAGUUUGCGGAGACGAGAGCUAGGGAGGUUGGUAGGGGGGCGGUUUCGUUGGCGACGAAUGUGAAGAUGGUUGAGAAUAUAGGGCUUUAUAAGAAAUUGGGGUUUGUGGAGGUUGGGAGGGGGGUGCAGGAUGGGUAUGAGAGGGUGUUUAUGAGGAAGGGUCUGGUUUAA